UGGUGUUAUCUGACAGCAUGGAGCAACAUUCACUGUACAAGAAGCUGGCAGGUACUGUAUUGGGGCUGGUGUUAUCUGACAGCAUGGAGCAACAUUCACUGUACAAGAAGCUGGCAGGUACUGUAUUGGGGCUGGUGUUAUCUGACAGCAUGGAGCAACAUUCACUGUACAAGAAGCUGGCAGGUACUGUAUUGGGGCUGGUGUUAUCUGACAGCAUGGAGCAACAUUCACUGUACAAGAAGCUGGCAGGUACUGUAUUGGGGCUGGUGUUAUCUGACAGCAUGGAGCAACAUUCACUGUACAAGAAGCUGGCAGGUACUGUAUUGGGGCUGGUGUUAUCUGACAGCAUGGAGCAACAUUCACUGUACAAGAAGCUGGCAGGUACUGUAUUGGGGCUGGUGUUAUCUGACAGCAUGGAGCAACAUUCACUGUACAAGAAGCUGGCAGGUACUGUAUUGGGGCUGGUGUUAUCUGACAGCAUGGAGCAACAUUCACUGUACAAGAAGCUGGCAGGUACUGUAUUGGGGCUGGUGUUAUCUGACAGCAUGGAGCAACAUUCACUGUACAAGAAGCUGGCAGGUACUGUAUUGGGGCUGGUGUUAUCUGACAGCAUGGAGCAACAUUCACUGUACAAGAAGCUGGCAGGUACUGUAUUGGGGCUGGUGUUAUCUGACAGCAUGGAGCAACAUUCACUCACUGUCAGAUCACCUUAGUGGUCCAAUGGGGUCAGUGUCAGCCUGGAGAUGCCAAAAGCUUAUUAAAAAUGGUGCUUAUUGUUUACCUGCCUGGCAUGAAUCCUGAUGUUAAAUCCCAUUUCACCGGACACGACGGGGCAGUGGGGUAACCUCGU